UGGACACCGGGAUCGGGGUGGUGUCACAGCCUGCUCGUGGGGCCAGGCGGGCGGGGGUCCAGAGAGGCCCCAGAGCAGCCUGGGUACAGCGGCCAAGGGCGGGAGGGGGCCGCCUUCAGAGUGCCAUGGCCGCCAUGCUGCCCCACGAUGCCGUGGAAGGACCCCAGCCAGACCCCACCCUCAAAGGGAGGCAGAAGCAGCGGCCUGGGCGAGGGACGUGGUGUUUUCCAGGGAGGAUGAACCGGCUGUGCGACAUGGAGCCCAGGGUGAUGGAUGAUGAGAUGCUCAAGCUGGCCGUUGGGGAGCAGGGCCCGCGAGACGAGGCCGGGCAGCUGGCCAAGCAGGAGGGCAUCCUCUUCAAGGACGUCCUGUCCCUGCAGCUGGACUUCCAAAACAUCCUCCGCAUCGAUAGCCUCUGGCAGUUUGAGAACCUGCGGAAGCUGCAGCUGGACAACAACAUCAUCAGGAAGAUCGAGGGCCUGGAGAGCCUCACACGCCUGGUCUGGCUGGACCUGUCCUUCAACAAUAUUGAGGCCAUCGAGGGGCUGGACACGCUGGUGAACCUGGAGGACCUAAGCCUGUUCAACAACCGGAUCUCCAAGAUCGACUCGCUGGACGCGCUGGUCAAGCUGCAGGUGCUGUCGCUGGGCAACAACCACAUCAGCAACAUGACGGACAUCAUCUACCUGCGGCGGUUCAAGGACCUGCGGACGCUCAGCCUCUCGGGGAACCCGGUUGCCGAGGCCGAGGACUACAGGACGUUCAUCUGUGCCUACCUCCCUGACCUGGUGUACCUGGACUUCCGGCGCAUCGACGACCACAUGAAAGAGUUGGCGGAGAUGAAGCACCAGUACAGCAUCGACGAGCUGAAGCACAGGGAGAACCUGACGCAGGCCCGGCUGGAGGACGAGCAGGCCCGGCAGGAGGAGCUGGAGGGGCACAAGGCAGCCUUCGUGGAGCACCUGAACGGCCCCUUCCUGUUUGACAGCAUGUACGCCGAGGACGUGGAGGGUAGCCAGCUGUCCCACCUGCCCGGCGUGGGCGAGCUCCCACUCACCUACAAGGACAAGUUCGUCAUCAUCUGCCUGAACAUCUUCGAGUAUGGCCUGAAGCAGCAGGAGAAGCGGAAGGCGGAGCUCGACACCUUCAUGGGGUGUGUCCAGGAGGCCGUCUGGGAAAAGCAGGAGCAGGGCAAGCACAAGAUCACCAAGUUCGAGGAGAAGCACCUGCUGAGUUUAAGCUCCAUCCGAGACGAGUCUGAACCGACCAACUUCGAGAUAAAGAUGGCAGAGCACGGCGAGGACAUCACCAAGCUGCUCAACGUGCUCAUGACGCUGGAGAUGCAGCUGGUGGAGCAGCUGGAGGAGACUAUUAACAUGUUUGAAAGGAACAUCAUCGAGUUGGUGGGACUGUUUGUCGAAAACGUCCAAAGCCUGAUGGCUCAGUGCCGGGACCUGGAGAACCACCACCACGAGAAGCUCCUGGAGAUCGCCAUCAGCACCCUGGAGAAGAUAGUCAAGGGCGAGCUAGAUGAGGACCUUCCGGACGCCGUGCGUCCGCUCUUUGUCGACAAAGACACAAUUGUUAACGCGGUCGGGGCCUCACACGACGUCCACCUCCUGAAGAUCGACAAUUGGGAGGACGAGCUGGUGACCAGGGUCAACUCCUGGUGCGCACACCUGGUGGACAAGAUUCACAAGGACGAGAUCAGGAGGAACCGCAGGCGUGUGAAGGAGAUCGACCAGUACGUCGACCAUGUGCGGAGCGAGCUGGACAGCCUGGAGUGCAACGACCUCCUGGACCAGGGCUGAGGCCCAGCCCUCCCCCCGAACU